CAAGCAACAAUUGAGUAGUAAUGUUACACGUACAAGCAGUCAUGGCAUCAGUUUCAGCAGCAGGGUUGGUCACAGGGGUAUGGGUGGAUCACACAGCAAGAUAACUGCUGCAUCUGGGAGUAAAUGGAAUGUGAAUGAUAAGAUGCACCAUAAACCUCCUGUUCAAGUAAGUCUCAUUUUUGCACAAAUUUGAUCUUUUUUCGAUGCAGUAAAGAGGAUAAGCCUGACUUUGUAUUAAGUAACUGGUAGUACCAGGCAACUAGAAAAAAUAUGACAAGAAUUUAUCAUUUCCAGUAAAAGUAUUUCUCUGGGAGCUGGAGGCUUCGCUUGAAACGUCAAAGUUCUUGUCAUAGUUUCAGUCUAAUCGCUCAAGUAAAAAUAAAAAGUAUAUUUCAAGCUUCUGUCAAAUUACUUACAGGUAAUAAUUACUUUCCUGAAAUUUGUGGCCAAAUCAUGACCAUGUACAUGGUGUUGCCAUGGAAUUGCCUCUUGUGCCUGUAGCUACGUUACCUUAGAACUAUUAUUAACCGUGGUUAGAAUGAUUUGUAUAUUGCUUUUCUUUUACAUGAUCUGGAUCAUAUUAUUUCUUUCCAAACAUCCUAAUAUUCAAUUAUUUUACACAAUCAUGAAAUUGAAAAACUUAAGACCAUUAUCACCUUCCUUUUCUUGACAUAGUCAUUAUUUUGUGAUGGAAAAUGUUUGCACCAGGUCCUGUUUAUAAUAUUCUAAACUUACAUUUAAUGUCUAUUCAUUAAUUUUGGGAAUUUUAUUUCGAUUGCAAUUACAAAAGAGGUUUAAUAAAUUUAUUUUGUUGUUUCAAUAUUCCAUUUUCAAUUGUGAAAUGAGAAAUGUAAACUCUUUACAAAUGAUUGCGCAAGCAAAAGAACGUUUCUAAUCACAUUUAAAUUCAAUAUGGUUGCUAGGGUGCACCUGCCUGCAAAGUCUCGAUUUGCCCGUAUGUGUGCCAUCUGUCGAUUUAGCCGCACGUAUAGCCCAUCUGCGCCAUUUUGUUUACAAGAUUCUGCAGGCCCUCUGGCAGUAGAGUCAUGAGGGCCAGGAAGCUGCGUAUUUCUCCUGAUGAUUUUCUAUCUUCAAUUCUUCUUUCAGCCACCAUUAUAAGGAAAUAUAUAAGGAGAAUUUCGACGUUUCGAAAUUCAUCGGGAGUUGCUAGCCAAAGUGACUGCAGACAAAGGACCUCCCGCUCGAAACGUCGAGGUUCUUCUUAUAUAUUUUCAGUUAGUAGCAUUCCCUACCAACGAAAGCUUGUUCAUUUAUAUACAGUUUAUUGCAAUCUUGCCCUAAUGGACUCGUUUUCAUGUGGAUAUUUCGUCACAAUUCGUGCACAAUAGGGUUAAAGAUAGCCUGGUUUGUGAGGGGGAUCAAGAUCAAAGAGAGAGAUAUAUUGUGCGCGAAACAUGGGGAUAUAAUCUUCAUGUGCCUCUGGCAAACAUGAAAACGUUAAAACAGGCCGCGGACAUGAAAACCAUACCAUUGGAGCAAGUGCAAUAAACAAUAAAGUCUAUUAAGUAAAGAAUGUUUGUCGAUAGUACUGACGCACUGGAUGUAAAGGAAUCCUCCUUGAUAGGUUCUUGACGACAUGGGCAAUGACGUCACUCCAAGAAGUCUGUCGACACUGGAUGCAAAUACUGUAAAGUAAGUAUUCAAGAUAGAUUGCAGACUAACGGAUAAACAUCCCAAUAUUCGCCCUGUUUAAGGUCACAAGCAUUUUUAUGGGCGUGCAAUUAUAGGGAGGGGUGAAAGAGGCUUACGUACUGUACGAUCGGAAUUUUGUAUUUGUAUUUUGGAUAAAUGUAUUUUGAGCGUCGUAAGCAAAUAUAGUUUCGCAUUUGAAAUAGUGAAAUAAGCAGCCUGGUAUACAAUGUCCAAGUGUGAAAACUUCAAAUAGCUUGUUUUCAAAAACAGAUAUUAGCAUACCAAUUUGUCACAGUGUUCUUGUUCAUGCAUUUAUAAGUGCAUGCGUGGUACACCGCUAUCACCAGAAGCGCGUGCGUCUACAUGCACUCCCAUUAUCUUACGUACACGAGAAGAACAAGAGAAAAGUAAGGAGGCUAUUUUCCUUUUUGCAUGAGAGCCGUAUAUGGUAACUAUACUAUCCUGAGAAGAGUUUUCAAAUAUUUUGGGCCUAAACGAUGUUUUGAGAGGAUAUAUACAUAAUAUGCUCUUGGAAUAGGCAAUGGCCUCCUUUAGUGAUGUCGAGCUCCGAGACCCCUGUAUCUCACCAUGGAUAAUAGAAUAAAUGGAUAGGAAACUAGCUGACGUGACCUAAUGUUUUCAAUGGGCUGAUGGCGUGAUUGGAUGUUGAAGCCUAGUUGCAAACCAAAUUCUCAAAAACGGCAUGUUUAGCAUUAAUACAGCUAAACAUUUUAGUCAAAGAGCAAAUGACAAACUACGCCAUUCUACGAUGAAAUCUCUAAGUAUUCCCAGUCAAUUUUAGCAAAUAUUUCAAGCACUAAACAGUUAAAAAGGCAUCCCAAAUUUCGUUAAAAUUGGGGACGCCAAUUUCGUAGCUACAAAUGUAAAAAAAUACAAAACAAAGACGAAAAAUAUUUACCUUGAAUACUUUGUCGUGGCUUAGGCAUGUUUUUAAAACAAUUAGACCAGUAUAUGCUUCAAUAUUACUCUUUUAAAGCGGAAAGUAUAGCGAAACAACAAAAAUGCCGGGAACUUUGCAAUACGGGUGACGUCACAGAUUGCAACUAGGCUGUUUUUGCUUACGUCAGCUAGAGUCCUAUCCAUUUAUUUUAUUAUCCAUGAUCUCACACAGAGCAUUGUACGUUUGUACGAAAUGUCGUGUAUACGAUUUUUGCAAUCUUCUAUUAUUUGUAGACGUGUUAACAGUAACAAUGGCGUGUUUGGCAGUGAUUCCAUGGCGACUGUAAGUGCCAAUUACGUCAGUUUCAUCUCAGUAACUUUUCCCAAAUAGAAAAUUAAAUCGUAAAUGUUAAAAAUUCGGUUAUCGAAUACUGUCCUCAAUAGACCAUAUAGAAACUGAUUUAUAUACAUAAAAUCUCUCCAGUGAUUUUAGUCUUUUCAGCUGUGAGAAUUCUUCCACCCAUGAUUUUUAUCAACAUUUUUAUUAUCAAUGACGAUUCUGGUGAUUACGAUUUAAUGAUAUCAAUUUUCCCCCCAAACCUUUUCCCAUUUCCUCAUAUCCUGCGUGAACGAAUUCAAUAACUGUUUUAUUAUUUAUUUCACGGAAUACAUAAAAAAGGUCGGCGAAUCUUUCCUUUGAGAAAGCCAUUUGUACUAUAAGCCGCAUAAAUUAGCGUGACGUCAUAGCGUGUUACAUUGUUUUUCAAUAUAUCACGAAAUUACGUCAAACGUGGUAUAUUUGUUUUCAAUAUUCCACGGUGAUGUCAUAACUCCAAAUUUGGGCAACUACCGAGCGGAUAUGACAAUUUCACCGACAGCUCUUAGCCAAUCAAAACUCUUGAGUUAUUUUCACAUGUGCACAUGAAUAUCAGUGAAUAAUAUACUGUACAUGCCGAUGGAUGCGGAGGAAGGUUUUGUUAGAUGGGUUGGCUGGACCCUGAAGGCCCGGCCACACUACAACGUCAACGAUUAACGAUCUUAGAAUUGCUCAUGAUAUAGCGAUAACGAUACAUUUUUGACCAAUCAGCGCGUUUUUACAAGCUGUCGUGUCAUUAUCGCGUGUAGUGUGACUGGACCUUUACACCUAGACGUAUACAUUUGCAUUAUUUUGCCAUUUCUAAUUUUUAACUUUAAUGCGUUGUUUCUAGCCAUCUGACCUAGGUCAGUCCAUCUAUGCUGCGAGCAACGCCAGUUUUCUUGGUGGUUUUUCUGGACGGUAAAUAUCAACAUGUUUAUGUCUUCACCUGCUCUUAUACCAACACGAUUCAAAUUGAUGAUUGAAAAAUAAUGAAAAUUCAAAGGAAAUCAAUGUUUAAUUAUGUGUUGUAUCCACAUAUACAAAAUUCUGCUAAGUUGCUAACCUUUUUUCUCGAUUUUCCCAGUCCAAUCGCUUCUUUUUUAAUAUUUCUUAAAACACAAGCUAUAUAUACAGCAUUCGCGCGUCUGUGUUGUAUCUGAGUGACAUACAUCCUCUCGCCUUCGGUUCGAGUUUAUAACUCUGAUACAACACGGCUACUCAUGCUGCAUUAUAUUAGUUAUACAAUAACUUGUAAAGCAUUCGUUUGUCUUGCUUCUUGAAGGUCACCUGAGUGGGAUGAAUUAUUUCUGUGUUCUUAUAUGACUGUCUUUAUCCCGCCUAAUAUCUAAACAUGACGUCUUCGAAAUAUUUUUGUUGUAAUUAAACAAACUGCACUUUGUAUUACAACUUUAAUACUGUCUGUUUAGGCCUACUAUGUUUAUUUUUUGUUUGUGCUUUCUGACCUUGCCGUUCAAUACUAAAUUAUACAGGUCAAAAUCGGCAGAAAAAUGUGCAUAAUUUCCAUGUGGGAUAAAGCCAUAUGGUGAGAUCUCACGUAGCCGGCCCAUAGGCAUAGAUAUCUUAUAUGAGCCGGCCUGACUGGCUCGUCUCGCAUAUGAACACAAUUUGAAUUUUAUGUUCGUUAAUAGCAAAGGGCAGAUCGCACUCAGGUGAGUUUCCCAUUAGGUGGGCUCAUAUGAACAGGCAUUAUAAACAAGAAUUGUUUAUGUGUCAAUAUAAUAACAAAAUUUCGGUUGAUAGGAAUACAAGGAGAACUGUAUUUUCCAGGUAGUUGCAUCCCUAUCGGCCGAAGUUUUGUUAUUAUUGGCACGACCUACACAGACUGUUUAAGAUUAUGUGUCAAUAAUACAAUACAAUACAAUACAAUACAAUACAAUACAAUACAAUACAAUAAAAUUUUAUUUAAACACGAUUACAAGUUAAAGCAUUAAAGCUUAUGGGGUCGUGUGUUUACCUAUAAUUAAUAUAACGUUAAUUACAAUUAGAAUAGACUAAAUUAUAUUAUAUUAUUAUCAAAUAUACAUAUGUUAUACUAGCUGUCCAACUGUCAAUAAUACUUAAAACUAUCGUCUUGUCUAUACGCGCUGUUUGCACCGAUUGCGCUUCAAAAUUUACAAAACUUAAGGUUUUCUUUUCCUUACACUUUUUAAUAAAGGUGUUGAUAUUUGUUUCAAGGUGCUUAAAUUCUGUUGAUAUUGCAUUCCAAAUAACAGAGCUCCUGUAGGUGACUGAGCUCUUCAUAUAAUAUGUGUUAAAUCGCGGGACAUUCACUUUGUGUGCGUUACGUAAUUUAUACUUAUUGGCAGUUUUUUCAAUUAUGUGAGACAUACUAGCAGGAGUAAUGUUGUUAUACACUUUAUAAGCUAGUUGUGCCAGUCUUAUCUUAUAUAUUUGGGUAAGUGAAUCCCAUUUCACUUUCUCUAAGACUUCAAUGGUGGGCAUAUCGCGUGGUAAACGAAAUAUGACUCUUGCAGCUCGGCAAUGUAGGGACUCCAGGGAAAGGAACCUUCUUUAUUGGUACAUCCACCCCAACUUGUUCUGGAAUUUUAAAGCUAAGUUACCCUUCUGUUAUAUUGUUUAAUAUAGAUCAGUGAUGGGCAGCGUUACAGUGUCAGGUUGGUCCUCGCCUGAAUCAAUCAGUGAAGACCUGGCUGAACCAGGAACAAGACGUUAUGAUCUGGGGGCAGGAUUGGGAGGUAGAACCUCGUCUUUAUGGUAAUCGUUCCAUGUUUCGCGCACCAAUAUAGUAAACGUUAUGUAAUGGAUAUUAUAGUGUACUGCAAAGUCAACUGGAUACCUCCAUAUACAUAUAUACUAACCCUAACCUUAAACCUAACCUUAACCCCUAACCCCUAACCCUAAUCUAUACUGGUGCGCGAAACAUGGAACGAUAACCGUCUUUGUCUUUGGUAAUACUUGAAAUAAAUUAGUAUAAUUAUACUAUAAUUACAAUAUGCAUAUAUGCAACAACGCCUCGCAUUUUAAUUUUUUUUGAAAAUAAUCUAUUUACAACAAACAAUUUAAUUAAGAAAUGAUGAAUUAAAACAAAAAUCCAAAGAUCAUACUCCAACAAUUUUAUUUUGUUUUAACAUGAAGUACUUCGAAAUUGGUGGUAACCAUGGUUGUAGGGUCAUAUUUUCCUAUGAUUUUCCUAUUAUUUUUCCAAACUGAGGAAAACUAUGCGAAGAUUUGUAUAUAGUUAACUACAGAAUUUUCAACCCCCAUGUAAAAUAACGUUCAUUGUUAAUUAGUAGACAUUAGAGAGUUUAAGCUUCGCGUUAUACGUCAAACGGCAAACGCCAGGCAAAGAAAAAUUGUACGGUAUCAGGCAAUAAAGAGUAAAUAAACUUGCUGUUUUAAAACUGAAAUACAUAAUUAUUCCUUCGACGCAAGAAAGAAAAUAUGAAACGAAAACGUUCAACGAAAAUUUUGCCAAGAAAGUUCGAACCUCCCGUUUGCCGUUUCCGGAAACAUGAAGCUUAAACUCCCUAUUGUACAGUAUGAACUCUAAUUUUAUCCAAAACUCAAUCUUAAAAGCAUAUUCAUAAGCGAGAAACGUCGUGUUUGAAGUGAGAAACGAGAAACGUCGUGUUUGAAGUGAAAUCUUUGAAAUGAAGCGAAUUCUUAAAACAAAGCUAUAUUGAAAAACUACAAAUGCACUGAAAAGAUUUUUUUAAAGUUAUACAAUUUUAAUGCGAAUUAUAGAACAAUUAAACAAAGUGAAUAGCAUACCUUGAAUUGUUCAUACCCUAGUCUAUUUUGCCGUGUCGUACAUGUUUCAAUUUCGUUUUUCCUAGUCUGUUUCCAAAAUCUCGCUCCUUUAUCUCCUUACACUCCUGAUAUGCACCAUACUUUUCAGAUCAAUGAGAUGACCACCCAAGCACGAUAAACCAUAUUGCCAUUAGUGCCCUUCUUCCCGAGUUGUUCGGGGAUUAACUAAUUUUGAGUAAUUGUUUUACUGCAUAUAAUUGCGGUGCCCAAAUGAAGUAGGCAUCGCUUUAUAUUCGGUGCGCGAGUUUGUACGGCCGAUUUACACUUAACACAACUUUUGCCUACAGCUGUCGCAUACAACCGUGUGCUGUGUAAAUCAACUAAUCAAGCACAUAGCUCGCCUAAAUUGUCGUAGGUGAGUUGUGUGCUUGUGAUUUACACAGUACAACUCAAGUUGUAACUUGCAAGCAGUGAGGCCAUUGGAAAAAAGAUUUUAAUGAUACCCAGUUUAUUUUAUUUUUCAAAAUAACGGCACAUCCUUCGUAUUAGUUACCAUAAGUGUGCAGAAGUAAUUUUGCGCAGUUGAGUGGUCUUGAUUGAGUACCAAUCAUUCAAGUACUUGAAUGAGUAUCGAUUUUGUACUUCAGAUAUUCAACGAAAAUAUGCCCCAGUAAAAGAAGAUCUUACCAAUUCAGAUCUAGAGAAAAUGGUAAGUUUGGAAACUUUUUUAUCUUUUUGAUAAAGCCUUGCUUGAUUUGUACAUGCAUGUGCAUAUACGAAAUACGAUUAUGUUUGUAUUUAUGCAACUAUUCUCAGACCAAGUAGCUUGGUACUUCUUAGCUGUGUAAUUUCUUUAUUCCAUCCAUCCCUUACGAUAUCUGAACUAAUAUCAGCCGUUCCUCAAAAUCCCAGCCACAAAUCUACCUUCCGUGCUAGCUAGCCUUCUCUUUGGGGAGUUUACACACUACCCUAUUCCAAAGGGUUCAAACAAAUCUGGAUUGUGUUUGAUUAAUUGCCGUUUUCCACUUCGCCCGUAUCGUACCGUAACGUACCGGUGAGCAUGCGCAGCUUGAAGAUGGGUUUUCAAAUUUACGUACUUCCGGUUGAUUCGCGUAUAAAAAUAAAAAGUUCGUCGCAAGUCAACUUUUUAGCGUACUACGGAAGUAUUAACCAAUCAACAUUCACUAAAUAUUGAAAUUUAAAAUUUGUUUUGAUACGUUACUGUACGGUACGCUUGAAGUUGAAAACGACCUUGACACCACGAAGAUUGACAAAAAUACACAGAACCAGGUUAGAGUUAACCAAGGGUGAACCGGGGGUUGAAAAAUGGGACAUUGGCGUAAACGUAUCUCUGCUAAUCGUCGUAGUUUAAAUCAGGCUGUGAAGAUUGGCAACCAUUUGUGGAUCCAGUGUUUGGUGCUGAUAAUCUAAUGUUGUUAUUCAUAUGAACUUAGGUUGAGCUAACCUUGGAAGAAACAGAGACGAUAUGGUUGUUAGAUAUUCCUGGAACAAGUAUUAGUGAGGAAAGUGAUAUUGCUCAAUCUGUAAGAGAUGCCAACUUACGCUAUGCUGAGGUGAGUAUCUCAAUGAUACACUGAUCCCAAUGAGAUGCUGAAGUGAGUAUCUCAAUGAUACACUAAUCCCAAUGAGAUGCUGAAGUGAGUAUCUCAAUGAUACACUAAUCCCAACGAGAUGCUGAAGUGAGUAUCUCAAUGAUACACUGAUCCCAAUGAGAUGCUGAAGUGAGUAUCUCAAUGAUACACUGAUCCCAAUGAGAUGCUGAAGUGAGUAUCUCAAUGAUACACUGAUCCCAACGAGAUGCUGAAGUGAGGAGUUUCGGUGGCGCAGUCGUCAGAGCAAUCGCCUUUCACUUCUCAAUCUGUUGGUUCGAUUCUCGCUACGGACUCAUGUGAAAAGAGUGAGUCAACUCUCUGCCGAAAUCCGUGGGUUUUCUCAGGGUGCUCUGGUUUCCUCCCACAGGGAAAGUUGACAGGGUGGGUUAGGAUAAACACAGUUAAGAAAGUAAUAUCACAAUUGUUGUAAAGAUAAAAUAAUCUAGGCUAGGUAUGUAAUUAGGUAAGCGUAAUACUUGAUGUAAAGCGCAUUUGAUUACAUCCACAUGUAAACUUACGCUAUGGAAAUGUUAACUGUAGUCGUAAGUGAUGUGAGUAGUUACCCUAUUGAUCUCAACUUGAACAGUGCAUGAUUACUGAAUUUUCUCACCAUGUACGUGUAUCUAAUUGAAAGACACAAAAACUGGAACAACCAUUCACGUUGUACACGGCAAAAAACGCUCAGGUUGAUGCAAUACUGAUGAAAACAGGAUUGAACAAUGUUUUGCUGCCCACAUUGUUCAUAGCUGUCAACAAUAUUGAACAAUAUUGUUACACCCGAUUCAGGCUCAACAACAUUGUUCAAUAUUGCUGACAAGUGUGAACAACGUGGGCAGCAAAACAUUGUUCAGUCCUGUCGAACAACGGGCUCGGCGUUUUUUGCCGUGUAGUCGUGGGUGACGUUAAAUUUUACAAUUCCUAUUGCAUGAUGUUACUGGGUCAAGAAAGAAACCCUGGGUUUCUUGUUGCAAUUACUAAGGUAGAAUCAAUCAAACAGAUCUAUUAAAGGAAAUAGAUAAAUGUCUAGAGUAAGGAAAUUAGUGCGUAUUGUGUUUGUAUUUUUGAUUUUUCUAUCUUUUGAAUCGAUCCAGAGAGCAUAUUAACUAAACGUACUUUUAAUGCACAGAUAAUUGGCACUGAGGGGGAGAGAUCAUCAACUUAUUUAUAAUUUCAUUAUAAUUUCAACAUUAUAAUUUCAAUUAAUUAUCUAUUCAUUGCCUGCCUCGAUUAGCCUUUGCUAUUUGCAGGCAAUGAUAAUUUGUAUAUACUUCAUUUUGACCAUAAAUAAAUUUGUUUGUUUUUGUUUAUAGAACGUUUUAUAAACGUCAUGCACGGCAAUGAUAUCCUAUGCCAAUUACGGCAAGACACAUGGUUUCAAUUUCCUUACAUAACUUGUUCACGUGCCUUCAAAAAAUUAUCCAUAUUUUUGAUCGACGUUAAUUAGUUUUCUACAGAAUUUUUUUAUUUCCGCCUGGGUACGAAACAUUGCUCCAAAAUCUUUGCAAACUGCAAUUCAAAAGAUUAUGGCAUGCAGAUGAUUUAAAUGGCCAGAAAUGUUCUUGUAGGAAAAAUACAAUUGUUGUUCUAUUUUUUUACUAAACUGAACAUUUCAGCCAUUUUCAGGUGCUCACAAAAUAUUUGCUAUAUAUAUUGUCUUUAUACGAAGCCAUUACUAAACAUACAUUAUAUUUUGUUAGGCAUUAAAAACUAGACCUGGCAAUGAUAGUUUUGUUGAGAGAGGAAUGCAAACAUUUAAUAAUGAGCCAAAGAAUAAAGAAUUACAAACUGUUCCUGUUACACAAAACGUAUGUUCCAGAUUUUCUAUUUAUUUAUUUCACUUCGCUAAGCACAAACACAACAUAAAAACAUGAGACACUGACAUCGACAACCUACAAACAGCAAACAUAUAGUUCUACUUUAACAACAAUAGACCUUACCGAUUAUUUUCUUUUACCCAAUGGCCUCGUUUCCAUGUUAACUUAUUUUAGCAUGUCAGGAGCAGAUAAAGAUUAUAUUCCCAUGUUUUCCUGGACGAAUUUGUUUCUUGCUGUUCUUAGGCUCAAUAACAAAGUAAUUUUCAACACUACUAAGCACAACACAUGAGUAAGUAUUUGACAUGAAAACGAGGCCAUUGUGUAAAAGAGAAUAAUCGGUAAGGUCUGUAGGACACGACAACAGCAGAAGCCAAUUACCUUGGGCUUUUUAUGACUUGUUAAUGAAGUUGUCACCAGUAUUUUCAGUAACCGCUAUACAGCAGCAGAUAGUUUUCAACCAAAUCUCUCAAGUCUCAAUCACCACAAACAAUACACCUUUUCGGAAAGUACCCUCGUUUUCAUGAUUGAGAUCUCGACUUAAGGCGGAUUUCCAGUCUUCGCACGAAGCUCCUCGCUGCGAGUGCUUGCAUCUAAUUAAAAUUAACUGUUUAGCAUUGUGAUUGGACGAAAGUGCUCAUGCAUGCACUCCUUCGUGCGAGGACUGGAAAUCCGCCUUUAGAGCCCUUUACCUUGUUACUCAUGACCUAAUUAUGUAAAGAUCUUUUAGAUUAUCUAUGAUAAAAGGUUGUAAACACAAUAUCACGAAAACGAGGCUGUAUGACCAAGAAUAGACGUAUUAGACUUGAAUAGUCGUGGCGUAGUCGGCAGAGCAUGCGCCUUUAACCUCUGAGUACGUUUGAACGGUUUCCUCGCAUAGGAAAAUUUGACAGGGUAGGUUAGGAUAAACACAGUUAAGAAAUUGAUAUCACAAUUGUUGUAAAAAUAAAAUAGUCUAGGCCAAGUAUGUAAUUUGGUGGGCGUGGUACUUGAUGUAAAGCGCAUUUGAUCAGAUGUAAAUUUGAUACAGAAUGAAAAGAGUUAGCACGUCAUGCAUUUUCUCAUUUCCUUCAUAACGGGUGGUUGACUAUAGCACCUGCGACACGAUAGUGCAAGCUUGGCAUAGAAAUCACCUCCAUAUUCAUGAUUGAUUGCACCACCAGUAUCUUUAUAAUUUCUUUGAUUCUUAUUUCAGGAGGUAGGUUGUAUGGCCACAACAUGGGACAUGCACGAUGUUUAUGCAGAGUCGGCCAGCGAGAACAAAGGUAUUAACUUGCAGUACUUUAACUGAAAUAAAGACAGGUGGGCCUAGCUGGCACAUAUCCACUUCACUUCAUAGUGUCAGAUCGAACACAUGCAGAUCUGUCUUGUAUGCUCUUGCAAACGAUGUUAUAAUUAGUGUGCAACGAUUUGUUGCUACGCUUUAAGAGCCAUCUUUUAUGAUGAAAAUAGGAGCCCAGCAUAACAACAAAGCUUCAGUUGAUAGAGAUUGCAAAUGUCUACCUGAAAAAUAUAUUAAGGAGAAAUUCGAAUUUCUUGUAUUUUUCAGGCAUAUACAUCUCUAGCAACCGAAGCUUUGUUAUUAUUGGAACUAUCUACACUGGCACUCGGAUUCCCCCUUCCCGAAAGGGAAGUUGUACGUUCAGCACCACAUUGCUGCCCACUUCUUUCAAAACGCCUCGUACUGCAAAUUAUAUUGGCAACCCUGAAGCUGUGUAGCAAGGUAGUUACUUACUAUAUGCCAAAUUAACACAGCGCUAAAACAGAUGUCCAAUAUUGAAUUGAUAUUUUCAGACGAGGAGGCAAGUGGUGCAGACCAUAUAAGUCUAAGUCGACCAACAAGUGCUGAGAGAGGCAGUGCAGCUGAUGUUGACAGUGGAAGUACUUCAUCACCAGCUAUACGUACUGGAAGUGCGUUGUCUGGAAGCAUGUUUAGUGGUAAGAUAUUGGGGAAAUGAUAAUGAAAACUAGCUACUCCAAUAUGGAGUCACUACCUAAGCUUGAAAUUACCGUGACCAUAGAUUAAGAUCCAUUCCAAGAUUGGCGGCUACCUCCACAAAAAUAAAAUCUAAAAUCUCCACACAACGUUUCUGAGCACAAUUUUGCAGAGAUGGUAAUCACCUGACAGUUAUAAGAGUGAGGAAGUGAUGUAAAUUAUUUUGGUAAUGUUUGGUGAUACUCAUUACAGCUAGUGCAUGAUAAAAUAUCAUGAUCAUAGAACACAUUAGUAUCGAAGGUACUAUACUUAGUUCCGAAAUACCACACACUCGAGCAGACUUGGUCCCGUAGGUCGCGGGUUCGAUUCCCACCGUGGUCAGGCUAACUUUUCAGCCUGCCCGGUGUAGACAUACACUCAGAGUAACAUCAAAAACAUUAAUGCAUGUUAAAUCUAUUCCCUUCAUGCAUCAAUUGCAUAUAUAGCUGAGUUUGAAAUUGUGUCCUAUUCAUAUCCGGUUAUCCACGGUCACCUCUGGAUACCUUUUCUGGAAGUGCAUGAUAUAAUUAGAAAAUGAGCAGUGAAAUAAACCAUAAUUGUAUGAAGAACACUGGUCCAAUAUAGCUAUGCCGUAAAUUCUGACUUUAAUAACAAAAGGUAAAGCCAUUGGUUGCUACACUGCCACCAAUAUUAUUAGUUGUUUCACACGAUCCUGGCGCAUUGAUUUUGGUAAUUACAUGUAUGAAUGUAGGAAGUCAAGUGAGCAUAAUGACGAAACUUUCAGAAGAUGAUUUAUCAAGCAAAGAUGAAAAGAAAGAUAGUGAAGGUGAAAGUGAUGGAACAGUAACCAACGAUCCAAAUCAUCCGUUAUUAAAAGUAAGUCAUAAUAUGAAUGAAUGCGAAAAUUAGUUAUCUCAUUAAACCAUGAACAAAUUACAUUUGUGAACCAACGUUUGUCUAGUUUCUUCAACAGAGGCAGCGAUCUAAAGUUACGAUGAAUUCUCAAUUGGAUGUGUGAAGGUCAAGGAUGUGAAGACACUCUUACGGCAGAUAGCAACUGCCAACCCUACAAAGCAUGCGCCAUACUCUCAGACAACAACUUUGACCACAACGCAUAGUGUACUGUUUUCCACUAUUACUUUACCACUAACAAGUAUGACGUAUCUUCUAUCUACUAUAGACUGAAACGUUAAGAAAAGAUCUGUUUACAAUGGAGAGGGUGAUUUCGUUGAACACUUUUCAAGCUAGACAAGCGAGAUAUCGUGGUCUUGCCGUGGUUCCAGGUAUUAGAUUGACCAAGAUAAUAGAUCUUAUCAUGUCUUUUAAUGUAAAAUUGCCGCUCGAUACAGUAGUUAGCUCUAGCUUCAAUGCUGUAAAGUGCAGUAAGAUAUGUACUAAAAUAGAUUAAGGUACUUUACCAUAUGUUAAGGUACAAUACCAUAUGUUAAGGUACAAUAUCAUAUGGUAAGGGACGAUACAUCAUGAUAAUAGCAUACGCCGUGUUAUAAUAUACAUAAUCCGCGGUUUGUGAUGUGAUUUGUCUUGAUGACAACGUUCUUAUUCUUCAAUAAUAAAAAGAUAAGAUAUUUUGUGAGGAAAGUGAAGUUAAAGUUUUUAGGUAAAUCAUAAGCAGAAAUUUUGUAUCCGAUACAAAUUAAUGCUCUUUCAAUAUCAUGAUUUCCUUUGGCGUUUCUUCAUGAGUUAACGAGUGCUAUGUUUAUGGAGGAUCAUGGAGUAUGAUACGCUGCGUUUCGAUUGGCUCAUUGUGGUAACUUACACUAUGAUGAAGUACAAAACAUGAGUGUGUGAGUAUUAUAAUUGUAAUUUUAUUCUGUAAUACAGAUAUCGAUGAAAAAGUAGAAAAAGAUCCAGACAAACUUCCCUCGCCGGUAAUCAGUUUGACUGAGCUGGGUCCUAACUUGGAUAAACUGUGGACUUACUCUUGUUCAAUGACUAAAGGACGUAAUGUCAGCUGUAUGGCCUGGAAUCCCCAAAAUCCGGUUAGUAGUUUUAAUUCAGUCCAGAAUUCGUCAUAAAUGAUAAAUGACCAACCUGAAAAGGGUUAAUGAAUAUACACUUCUAUCUUAGUUUCGAGUAAAGGCAUUUCGUCGGAAUAUUUCAUUACAGUUAGUAAUGAUAGCUAGCCUUCGCUUGAAACGUCCGACUCUUUUAGUCUUCAGGUAGUUCCAACCAAAACUAACAUUUGCAAUACGAUAUUUAUAUUGAAUUUGAUACGUAUAUUGGUAUGUGCCAAUAAUUGGAAUGCGAUACAUAUAUUGGUAGUGACACCAAAGAGGCGUGGAUUGAGUGGGUAGAAGUAAAGGGCCUUUCCUCGAAACGUCGAAGUUUUACUUGAAUCCCUCUCAAUACCACUGGAAAACAUUUUGAAAAUCCAUAGAAGGUCAUAGAAUGGAAAUUGUCAGGACCUUUAUUGGAAAUAGAAUGGGUUUUGGUUAUCCAUAUAAUAAUUGUAUAUUUCCAUAGUAUGGAUAUAGUAAGGAAAUAGGAUGGAUAUACUAUGGAUUUAGUGGUGCAAUUGCAAAUUUCGUAGUAUGGAUUUCAUUUUUUUUUCCAGUGUCCGCAGCUUUCAUACGUAUAUUGAACCUCCCUAGUUAAUAGAGUUGACUAGAAAAACAGACAACUAAAAUGUUUUGAUAGUAAGAAUACGACCAACAGGAAACAUGCAUGAAACACGGUUGAACGCAACACAGUUAAAAGACAGUUGAACACAUCGAAGCAUUUGUUCCUAUCUCAGUUUAAAACUUGCAGCGUUAAUCAAAUGCACUCUUUCGUUAAUCACGUCACGAAUUCUUUUCUGGCCUGUGAGCUUCACGUUGUCAUGAAUGAAGACGAAAGACUAUUCACUCACGAUUCGUGAGAACGAGGCUCCCGGAUCAAGGAUUGAUUGGUGACGUAAUUAUUGAAAGGAUAUAUUUGAAGUCAUAUCUUCAACAGUUAUAUUGUGAAACACAUGGAUAUGUUGCGAGGGUGUGUGUGUUGUGUACUCACUUGUGUGUCAGUUGUUCUACUUGUAAUUAAAUAAUGAAGAGAUAACAUAUUGUUACAUCCUGGCACUUUAGGACAUUCUUGCCGUUGGUUAUGGAGAAUUUGAGUUUUCCAAUCAAAAAGGUGGUAUUGCCUGUUGCUGGUCAUUGAAAAAUCCUGAGGUAAUUUGUUACGCUUUCAGUGGUUACAGUAAUACGCGCAUUCGAUAUAACACCUCCGUGGUGCGUUAAGCUGGAAUGCGGAGAUUCGUGAACGGGGGUGGGGGGAUUCGUGAACGAAAUAUCAGAAAAACAUGCUUGGAGCAGGAUGUUGGUGUGUCGGUACCGUGGAGAGAAUAAAAUAUCAUGCUCGCAGUUUCCCUCUAAAAAGGCUAGUCAUAGCAUACAUCAAUGACAAUCACUCAUGUAACCAAAAUACCUAGGGCCUUACCUGAAAAGUUAAAUGGCCAGCCUCUAAUACAGUGUUGUAAUUCGGUGAUUAAACUAUUGUUUUUACUAUUAACUGUAUUUAUCAGUUUUACACCGAAGAGUAUAUUCCAUGCACAAAAAUACUCUUGGCGCUGCGGAAUGAAAUAGCCCGAGGAAUACCCCGAGUGAAAGGUCUAUAAAUAUAUUAUAGUGAACCUUGUAUAGUUUUUAUUUGUUCUAGAUAGAAAACAGAUAGCAUUCAAUUCUAAAUUUUUACAGCUCGAACGGGAAAACCGAGACCGCUUUUGCAUAUUUUUAAUGUUUUCAAACCAACCAAAACCAAUCACCAGCGGGUUAUUUUGACUAAACAUUUUGCGGUUAUGAACUUACGACAUAGCUAUAGUUUAAAGAUAAAGAGCAGAGCCCAGCAAGUAACUUUAAAACCAAACAUAAUAAAAGUAAAAAAUUUAUUAGCUAACGUUUCGUUGUUUACAAUACAACAUCUUCAGAGCAAUCUAAAUGAAUUUACAGGGUAUGGUAUAUAUAUUUACAGAAUAAUGGUUUACCUCAACCAUGAUUAAUAUCAACAAAUAAUAAUAAUAUAAAUAUCAAUAUCAAUAAAUAUAAUGAUUAAUAUCAUGGUUAAUAUCAUGGUUUAUCUCAACCAUGUCUAGUAUACUCGCUCACAUGCACAAACACCCAGUCUCCGCUUCUGAUUUCAAAAUCCUAUCAUCAUGCAGGCACUUCUGAGUGGGAUCUUCUUAUCCGUGAAAGCCUAUUAAUAUCUCAACUUAACCCUAUCCUUAAUGCUAAUAUUAGAUCUACCCCUCUUGAGUUAUUUUAAAAAUGUAAUAUUAACCUUAACUAUACUAAUGCACUAAACAUUAAUCUUUACUUAUUAACUAGUUACUGAUAAGUUCUUUUCCUUUCUUUUUAUUCAUUUGUUUUUUCAAACUAUGUAACCAUUUUUGUAAUAUUAAACCAUUAUUUUGUACAUAUAUAUACCAUACCCUGUAAAUUCAUUUAGAUUGCUCUGAAGAUGUUGUAUUGUAAACAACGAAACGUUAGCUAAUAAAUUUUUUACUUUUAUUAUGUUUGGUUUUGAAGUUAUUUGCUGGGCUCUGCUCUUUAUCUUUAAACUAAGAUUUCCGCCUGGUGUAUCGAUUGCCACAGUUUUACAUAGCUAUAGCUCUAAAUAAACCGCUGCUGAUUGGUUUUGGCUUAGUUUAAAAACAUUAAAAAUACGUAAAAGUGGCCCCGUAAAAGUGACCUUUGUUUUCAAUACACAACUUUUGAAAAACUUUGAGAAACAACAAUUAACAACUUUUGAGAAUCCUUGUUCUGUAACCUCCGAAUUUCAUCAUUAACUUCAUGUUCUUCUUCACUUUUAACAUUUUCUGGGAUACAUGAUUAAAAUGCGCGCGAUCGCAGGCACCUUUUGAAUUUGUUUAGGUAUACAUUUUGAAAUCUCAUUAAAAAGGAUAUUUAGCUCUGAAAACCUAAAAUACGAUGCAUUUUUGCACAUUCUGAACUUAGGAAUUUUGCUCUCGGGCACUGAAUAAUAUUAAUGAUCCCUGGGGGUACGAACGUGCAUUCAGCACUGAAUAAUAUUAAUGAUCCCUGGGGGUACGAACGUGUAUUCAGCACUGAAUACUAUUAAUGAUCCCUGGGGGUACGAACGUGCAUUCAGCACUGAAUAAUAUUAAUGACCCCUGGAGGUACGAACGUGUAUUCAGCACUGAAUAAUAUUAAUGAUCCCUGGGGGUACGAACGUGUAUUCAGCACUGAAUAAUAUUAAUCACUCCUGGAGGUACGAACGUGCAUUCAGCACUGAAUAAUAUUAAUGAUCCCUGGAGGUACGAACAUGUAUUCAGCACUGAAUAAUAUUAAUGAUCCCUGGAGGUACGAACGUGUAUUCAGCACUGAAUAAUAUUAAUGAUCCCUGGGGGUACGAACGUGUAUUCAGCACUGAAUAAUAUUAAUCACUCCUGGAGGUACGAACGUGCAUUCAGCACUGAAUAAUAUUAAUGAUCCCUGGAGGUACGAACAUGUAUUCAGCACUGAAUAAUAUUAAUGAUCCCUGGAGGUACGAACGUGUAUUCAGCACUGAAUAAUAUUAAUGAUCCCUGGGGGUACGAACGUGUAUUCAGCACUGAAUAAUAUUAAUCACUCCUGGAGGUACGAACGUGCAUUCAGCACUGAAUAAUAUUAAUGAUCCCUGGAGGUACGAACAUGUAUUCAGCACUGAAUAAUAUUAAUGAUCCCUGGAGGUACGAACGUGUAUUCAGCACUGAAUAAUAUUAAUGAUCCCUGGGGGUACGAACGUGUAUUCAGCACUGAAUAAUAUUAAUCACUCCUGGAGGUACGAACAUGUAUGCAGCACUGAAUAAUAUUAAUGAUCCCUGGAGGUACGAACAUGUAUUCAGCACUGAAUAAUAUUAAUGAUCCCUGGGGGUACGAACGUGUAUUCAAAGCCAACUUCCCCGCUAUAGCGUGAUACGAGUACCAUGUCCCUGGGAAAAGACCCUUGGGGUUCAGUUUCGCUGAAAAAUAUUAUUGUCAUGUUGUUCAAACUUAUUUUGCUGAUUGAACAAGCUUACUGUGUGGUGUAACUUAACUGCUGAUUCUCCUUUCCUAGUGGUGUAUUUGUACUCCAUAUUAUCACCAUUUCUGUAUAUACAUACGUAUUUGUGCAUCACUAAGUCCAGGAUUGUGUUUUGUAUAGUAUCCUGAAAGAGUAUUUCAUGUUGAAAGUGGUGUUAUGACACUUGGUUUUUCACAGUUACAGCCAAAUUUACUAGCGGUAGGU